AUGCUGGCAUGGCAGGACGGCGGGGCCAAGGCGGCUCCCGCCCACCACAAGAUCUCCUUCUCCGUGCUGGACAUCCUGGACCCGCAGAAGUUCACCCGCGCCGCGCUCCCGGGCGCGCGCCCCGCUCCCCCCGAAGCCAAGAAAAGUUUGGCCGAGGCCGAAGAGGGCGAGGACGCCAGCCCCGAGCGCCCGGCCGGCCGGCGCGAGCCCCCUGACGCGGCGGACCCCGGCGCUGGCGCGGCGUCGCCCCUGGAGGGCUCGGAGGCCGAGGAGGACGAGGACGCGCCCGACGCCCGGCGGGGGCGGCCGGAGCGGGCUGCGCGCCUGCAGGCGGACCCCGCGCGCUCCCCCGAGGCUCCGGGCGCGGCGCUGGCGGCGGGGGGGCGCGGCCCCGGCGGCCCCGCCGGCUCCCCGGGCUCGCCCGGCUCCCCGCGGCCGCGGCGCCGGCGGGUGGAAGCCAGCUGCGCCAAGCCCCGGCGCGCGCGCACCGCCUUCACCUACGAGCAGCUGGUGGCCUUGGAGAACAAGUUCCGGGCCACGCGCUACCUGUCGGUGUGCGAGCGCCUGAACCUCGCGCUGUCGCUCAGCCUCACCGAGACGCAGGUCAAAAUUUGGUUCCAGAACCGCAGGACCAAGUGGAAGAAGCAGAACCCGGGCGCCGACGGCGCGGCACAGGCCGGGGGCAGCGCGCCCCAGCCCGGGGCGUCGGGGGCGGCGCCGGGAGGCGGCGGCCGCGCGGGGGGCAGCCCGGGGCCCGCCGGCCCGGGCGCGCUGCCCUUCCAGACUUUCCCCGCCUACUCGGCCGCCAACGUCCUCUUCCCGGCAGCCGCCUCCUUCCCGCUCACGGCCGCCGCCGCGGGGGGCCCCUUCGCGCCCUUUCUGGGGCCCUCCUACCUGACCCCUUUCUAUGCCCCGCACCUAUGAGCCCGGAGCCCCUCUGGACC